UUCCCUUUCUCUUUCGAUUUUUUUUCACGUGAUAGGCCCCUGGGUUCCUAUCAGUGGCAUCCUCGAACUAGGAAAGGAUUGAGGUGUGCAGCGACGAGUCGCUCUUCUCCUCGGUCGACGUCUUCAUUCGUAAAUCUUCUGGCGCUCGUGCGAUCACAAGCUGUACUAUGAUCCCACCGCCGUUUUUUGCGGGCACAUUUCCGCCUCAAUUUCCAGCAUGGAACCCUAUUCAGUCUGCUACUUCCUCCUUCUGGCAGUCGGAGGAUGUGCAUAGGCAUCUGAGGAAGUUGAGAGAAACCAUUGAUUUGGCAAAAGCAAUCAGGAAGAAAGAAUUAGAAGCAUUGUUUUUAAUUAAAAGGUCACAAAAUCAAAAUGCAGAAGAAGCUCCUUCAUCAGCAGGAGAACUCUCUCCAUCUUCAUAUGAUUCCAUUCUUCCUGAUUUUUCUCAGUGUCCUGAGAAUGAAUAUGUUGUGCAAAUUUUCAAGUUGAUUGAAGCAAAGCGAACUAGCCUUGAUGUUCAAACAUCUAUGUCAAUAGAAGCAGUAAACUCUCUAGCAUCAACUAUUAAAUAUCAACUCCUUCCUCUUGAUAUCAUUAACAAUCCAGCAGUCCCAUGGGAGUCACGAUCAGAAGCACUAAGAUUUAGUAACAAGUUACAGAAGUGCAAGAGGAACAAGCUUUGGAGGAAAAGAAAAAGAAAACGUGUGGCUGAACAAGUGCGCAAGCUGCAAGAAGAUCAUCAGAAAGCAGAUCAAGAUGCUGAUGAAUGGAGAGCUAGGGAGAUUGCCAAGGACGUGGCUAUGCACAAGGUACAACACAUGAAAGAAAUUGCAAAGCUUAAGGCUAAAGAGGAACGGAAGAGACUAGAAUCUGAGCUUGAGCUUCUAUUAGUUGUUGAGAAAUUACAAGAGCUUCGCUCUAUCAGAGUUCAAAAGUUGAAGAAACAAGGUCAUUUUCUUCCAGAAGAGGAUGAUAAAUUUCUUCUGCGUGUACGAGCUGCAGUUGAGGAGGAGGAGCGUCAAGCAGCUGCUGCUGCUGAUACACAUGCUGCUAAGAAUGCUAUUGCAACAGCAGAGGAAUCUAGAAAACUGAUGCAGAACCGACUGACAGAAACAAAUUCUACUGAUCAAAUUGAAGUUGAGCCAUCUAAGGCCAAAGGCCAAAGUGGAACUUCAGAUAUGGAUGCAAGUCUGAAGUCUGAACAGGAGAGAGAUGAAGUUCAAGGUUGUGGCACUGGCAACAGCUAUGACUCAUUGUCAAAUUUACCAUUUGAAUUCCUCCAUUAUUAUCAUGGAAGUAGCAAUGAUAUGGGAACUCUAAUCGAGGUUAGAAGAAUGUGGGAUGCUUACAUUAGAUCCGGAGGAAGUCAUGUACCUGGACAUUGGGUGCAGCCACCUCCACCUUCAGAUGAGAUUUGGGCUUCGUACCUAAUCCCGCCGAAAUAAUGCACUUGCAAGAAAAUCUGUUUUAUCUUGCCUCGUUUCUGUGCUAGAAUGGUUCUGCCAUUUGUUCACAUUCCUGACUUCACUGAUGUUCUAUCUAGACCUGAUAUUGCUUUUGCUGCAAGUUAACUUAGGUAUAUGUUCAAUCUUGAUAUGUAUCUUUGGACUACAACGAAGAAAGAAUUCAGGUGUUGAUAGUGGGAAAAAGUAGUGGUGCCAGGUAGCUGAAGCAACGCUGAGAAGGUUUUCAAUUUGUUUGCUCUUCUAUUUCAACUGUGAAGUUAUUUAAUUUCCCUGCUAUAAGAUUGUAGCUGAAAACCCGACGGUGUACAGGGUUGUGGGAUUUCUAGUCUCGCUUUUCCAUUGUUACAUAAACCUUGAUAUUUGAUGCUUGUGCAUUUAAAUUUCAAAAUAUCUUGAAAAAUUGGACAA